AUGUCGCUCGACGAGCUCAAGAAGAAAACCGCAUGUGGCGACUGUGGCCAGUUGGGUCACUGGCGUGGCGACCCUGCCUGCCGCGGACCGAACAAGGCCAAUGAGACCGUCACCAUCGACCUUGCCGACGAUGAGAACCCGGAGAACGAUGACCUCUACUACGACGAUGUUUGGAUGGAAUGGCAGGAUUGGGAGCAAGAUGCCAAUGAGGCCUGGACUACACACAGUGGCGCAGCAGACCAAAGCAGCACCGCCUAUGCGGCCCAGGCCAAGAAGGAGCAGAAGUCCGAGCACUACCCCGAGCUCACCAAGCCAGAGGCCGAGGAAGUCAUCCAUGGAGUGAACCGCAUCAAGAAGAAGUUCCACUCCAAGGACUCGCCGACCGAGACGGUGACACCUCCUUCGAAGAAGCCAAUGGAUGUCUUCACCGCCUCAGCUCUCAUCCAACAUCGGGUUGAGGCCAAGAAGGAAAAGGAGAAAGCUUCAGCUCACACGGCCACAGCUCCAGAAGCCGUGCGAGAGGCAUUCGACGUCUUAGGCAUCAAGCCCCCCGACACCAAGGACUCCGUUUGGGGCGUGCUCAACCAGGAAGCCGAGGCCACCUUUGACCUCGACGAGAUGCGUGUGGUCAUGGCGGUCACACGCCAAGGACCAAGCUUGCAGGAACUCCAACGACCUCACCUUGGCCACGACGAUCAUGGACAACUCCUUGGAGUACCCCGCAGCGUGCUGGCGAACACUCGGCUCGCCCCGAGUGUGCGGGAUGGCGUGGCGUAUCUAACCAUCGAUACUGCUUGUGAGAACACCGUUGGAGGCCGUGGACAUCUGGACUAUGCCAUGGAGAUCCUCCGGAAGAAGCACAACGUCAAGGCCCUCAUCACGCCUGAAGAGGAGUCAUACAGGUUUGGCCCUGGCGAAGCACGGAUCUCCCACCAGAGGUUCCACAUUCCCAUCGGGAUCGGCGGAGUGGCCAUGAUCAUCAAGACCUCCAGCCUGGAGGACCGACGUCCCGAGCAGAACCGCAUCCCCUGGUUGGCUGGCCAAGAUUGGCUUCGCUUCAUGGAAGCAGUGGUGGACGUUGCCGGCCAGAAGCUGAUCCUGAAGGCAGUUGGCGCUCAGGCCGACCUUUUCAUCGACGUCACAGGCCACCUUGUGGUAGCCGUGGACGAUUUCCCUCCUGACGGAUGGCCUCAAGGAAAGGUCAAGACCCGUGAUCACUACGCGGGAGCCCUUUGGAUGUCAGGAAAAGCCUAUACGGCGACCGCUGUCCGGCCUGAGCAGUGCACCCACAUCUACAAUCCUGAGGAUGACCCCAUGAACUCUACGGGAGCUACAUCAAGGACACCCUGUUUGGUCCCUGGUGAUGUUUGGGAGUACUCUUUGGAGCAUCCACUUCUAUAUGUACGACAUCAUCGCACUCCCAGGACAACCAGAUUUCAUCCUCAGGAAGUCGUAGAUGGCCCUGAUCCCAAAGAACUUCAACCACUUCGGGUCACCUACAAAGAUGGUUAUGGGGAACCCUCAAUCGAUGUUUGGGAUGAUCAUGUUCAUGAAGAGCCUUGGACCGGCAUCACCAUCCUCGUCGGCUUUGGUUGCGACCCCUCCGUGUCGUUCGACUCCGUUCGUGCACCAGCCGAUCACAUUGGGGUCGAGGCGAACAUCGAAGGUUCCAAAGGUCAAUGGACACUUCAGUCAAGCCUCCGGACCUGCCUCUCAAUCGACAUGAUCAAGUGUUUCAGCCAUCCAUCAAUGAGUUCCCGAAUCGAAGCAAUUCGGAUUCAAGCAGCCUGCAAGCUCGCCAUGCCCACCGAGAAGAAGGAGAGAUCCCUUCGGCGAUGGCGGCAGCUCGUGGACCAGCUCAUGAAGGCGCUGGCGGCAAUGGUGCAUUGGGUCAAUACCACCAAAGUGGUUCGAGAGCUCAAGUACCGCUCACCAGCCCUCAUGGCCUACAUGGAGGCGAUCUUGCAGAAGGAGACUAUCCAGGCUCAGGACCUCCCACCGGCACUUCCGCCGGCAUCGACACGCGCCAAGGGCCAGACACCACUUCCACUGGCGAUGGCCUACGAGAUGGAGCCGAAGAACUGCCCUCAUCUAGUCGAACAUGGCCGCAGGUAUGGCAACGCGCAUGGCAAGUUCUUGGAAUGCAUAACCUGCGGCAGCGUGUGGAAGGGUCUGGACUAUCAGGUGCCGAUCACCGCGGAGACGGUCACAACGUACAAGGUGUACGUGGGCAUCAGAGAUCGUCCAGGCCGACAAGAAGCCGGUCGUCAAGAAGAAGGCGGAGACGUUUUCGCUGGACAGCGAGGACGACAUGAGCGUCAUGGAGAUCCACAGCACCAGCUCCCUCACUUCCAGAAAGAGUUUCGAUGGCUGAGCUCAGAGACGCCUGACGCACCUCGCGUCAAGCUCAAGCCUGGUCAGAGGAAGAGAAUGCAGAGCAUGGCUCGCGAUGCUUUGGCUACAUCGAAGCUCCACAAGAAGAUCAUCCAGGAGCGCUUCACGCGAGGCAGGUGGCCCCGCAAGCACUUCCGCUUCGACCUCAUCGAGAUCUUUGGCGGCUCCAGCAUGAUCACCGUCCGUGGUGUGACCUUGUGGAGGAUGAAGGCAUUGCAGCCUGUAGACAUCCGCUACGGCAUUGACCUCCGGCAGCGCAAGAUGAGGCGCUGGCUUUUGGACUUGCUCAAACGCGCCAACCCACGCUUGGCCCUGGUCGAGUAUCCAUGUACUCCAUGGUCGAUCUUGCAGUCCAACGUCAACUAUAAGGACGACCCUGAGGCCCUCGAAGCUUUGCAGAACCAGGACAAGCCGUUCCUGAAGCUCACGGAGAACGUCUUCGAGUCCCAGGUCUCCAGAGGAGCGCAUGCUGUAGCAGAGAACCCAGCGACUGCAUCUUCGUGGCAACAACCGGAGAUCGUACGCCUUCGCAAGAAGUUCUUCGAGACCACCUCAUGCUUAUGCAUGUACGGCCUGACCGGCAAGCGAGGUGGCUUGAUGCAGAAGAGGGUGCGCUUUUUGGCUACACACCCCUACUUCGUGGAAGAGCUUCAGGCAGAGUGCGACCAUAGUCACGCUCAUGAAGAAGUUGCUGGAUCCAACACCAAGCUGUCACAAUGCUACCCACCAGCUCUAGCAGACGCCAUUUGUCGCGCCUACUGGCGGGUGGUCGAGCUUGAGGAUUUCGGGACGCUCACCUUCAACGACGCCGAGAACUCCACUGGCAUCUGGUUUGUGGACGCCAACAAGGAGGAAGACAAGUGGCGCCCACUCCUUGCAGAAGCUGAAGAAGUCUUGGCCAGGAAAGUUCAAGGCAGUGUCUUCGUGGCGCCCGACUCCGAGCUCUACAAGAAGAUUUGUGACUUGGUGCCCUGGCAGGUGAUGAACAUCCAGUUGGCACACCUGCCCAAAGCAAAACGUGUGCGACCUGGCCUUGAAGACUGCCAUAGAUGCUCAGUCCUCCUGUUGAACGAUGAUACCCUCACCAUUGAGACUGAGUACCUGAAGACAGCCCAGGCGCCACGGGAGAGAUUUGCCACCCCGGUGCGGGUGGCGAUUUUCGUGUUGGGAUAUGCACCUGGCGAUCCCGCAGAGCCUCGGCCAGAACCGGAACCUCCAAAGCAGUUCGUGGCCAUAGAGGACUCCAAAGACCACUACAUCGUGCCGUAUGACGACCAGGCAUUGGUGGAGAUCCCUGAGAAGACGCUGCUGAAGCAGUCCUAUGGGGAGCAUUGGUUCGUUGGGCCACCACUCAAUGCCAAACAGAAGAAGCUGGCACCGACCGUGGUCAAAUUGCAUAAGAACUUGGGCCAUCCUUCUCAGCCUGACCUCACCCGGGCUUUGAUACAAGCUGGAAACGUUGAGCCCGAGGCCAUUGAGCUGAGCAGGCGAAUGAAGUGUGCAGUGUGUGAACGCACUCGGAGGCCACGCAUUCCGAGACCCACUUCCUUCAAGGUGGUUGGAGCUUUCAACUCCAAGCUCUGCAUGGACUUUGUGAACGUGCCGGACGUUGCGGGUGAGAUGUUUCAGUUCCUGCACAUCCUUGAACCCAACGGCUCGUUCAACGUGUUCUACCCGAGCCCCAGCAGGGAUCCUGGCGACGUUUGGGAUCUGUUCACUAUGCUGUGGGCAUCUUGGGCAGGCUACCCUCAGGUGCUAUGGGUGGACAAAGAUGGCGCCUUCGAAGGUGAUUUCCUGGAGCGCAUUCGGUCCAUGGGAACUACGGUUGACACACCUCCAGCAGAAGCACACUGGCAAGCUGGCGAAAUCGAGGCCUAUAACCGCGCCUUCAAGGACACUGCGCGGAAGAUCAUAGAUCAAUAUUCACUUCAAGGAGCCCGAGAUAUGAAGACAAUGGCAUGUGCCGUCGCAGCCGCGAUGAAUGACAAGAUCCGAACCAGUGGCUGCUCGGCCUACCAAUGGCUGUUUGGCAAGAGCCCUGUCAUACCGACCGACGUCCUUUCACCGGACGGCAAGUUCGAAGCUUUGCAAGCUAUGGACGUUGACAGUGAGCUCCGGAAGAGAAGUCAAAUCCGAGCAACAGCCGAUGAGAAGGUGACGGCCUACCGAUUGAAUGAAGCGGUUCGCACCGCCAUCUUGAGGAAAUCUCAUCCUCCUCGAGAGACCUAUGAACCAGGCGCACUGGUGGCAUUUUGGCGGGAAGCCAAGUACAAGCAAGGCCGAAAAGGCCAGAAGGGAAAACGGAUACCUGCCUCAUGGUAUCGUGGGAUCAUCAUCGGCCCACACAAAGGUGAUGGUUCAGCCAAGCAGAACAACUUUUGGGUCAGCUCCAACGGAAAGUGUGUUUUGGUCUCCAAGGAACAGCUUCGACCCGCCUUCGGGACAGAGCUUUGGCCUGUUCAUGAACAUGUGUUGGAGGAGCUGCAGGAGAACCCUCCGGACGACUACCUGGACCUCCGAGCUGCAGACGGAGCACUACCGCCUGAGGAGGAGGAAGUUGAUCAGGUCCCCCUCUUCCUGGACCAGCCUGAUGAGGAGUACACGCCUACCGUCGUGGACCCCGCAGACAUCCCUGUUCCAGAAGACAUGGAAGAUGAACCUGUUGCCGAACUACCUCCACCAGCUCCAUCCGAGGCCGUGGACUCGACAGGCACGGACUUGACUACGUUGCCGGCUACCUCACGAGCCCCUGGCACUCCGGUGGGACAGCUCUGGUCCAAGGAACCGGACCCAAAGAGGUUGAGGACGACACCAUCGGCAUCCGCCCCUUCCGAAGCAGCAGUGAUGCCAUCAGCCGAGGAGAUGGAGAUUCUGCUCACCACAUCUCGUGUAGAAGGUGAGAACUCUACAGUCUAUGAGGUGCUGUCAGAGGUCGCGAAGGACUCCUGGUACUACGAUAAGCCGCGAGGCCUACUUGUCCGACUUCACCGACGCCCUCGUCGAGCUCUAUACGACCCUUGUCGAGCUCGAGAUCUUCCCGUCCAGCUGGACAGUCUGUCACCAAAGAGGAUCACGGUGAUGCGCACUUCUGGACAGCGGAAGGUGAGACGAGACACUUGGCUGCCACCCAACUCCAACGUCCCGAUGGACCACUACUGGACUGGCACUACGACCUUCAAGGUGGUGACGCAGUCCGGCAUCUUCGAGGUGCAGUUGGAUUGGCAGAACCCUCAAACCAUGUCUCGCAAAGACCGCAAGGCCUUGGAGAAGGAACUCCCUUGGAGCGCCAUCCCCGAUGAGCAGAAGGAGCUCUACAGACAGGCCUUGGUCAAAGAGUGGAACACCUGGCUCAAGUAUGAGGCGGUCAAAGUCUUGGAUACGGCUUGCAGCCGCUACGUGGAGAACAACAUCGACAAGUCCCGCAUCCUGGCUGCCCGAGUUUGCUACAGAGAUAAGCACGCAGCAACACCUUGGCUGGAGAUCAAGCCAAAGGCUCGCAUCGUAUGUCGAGGAGAUGCGGACCCGGACUUGUUGGAGCUCCGGCGUGAUGCGCCCACUUUGACACGCCUGGGCCUGAUGCUUUUGCUGCAGCUGGGAGCUUCAUCUGACGGCUGGUUCGUGGUUUGCGCUGACAUCACAGGCGCUUUCCUUCAAGGCGAUCAGUCCCUGGCACAGCGCAAGGACCCACUCUUCAUCCGACAGCCUCGAGAAGGACUACCAGGUCUACUACCGGGCCAGCUGCUACUCGUGGUGCGCGGCAUCUUUGGCCUCGCCAACAGCCCGAGACUCUUCUGGCGAUUCCUCCGGGACACUUUGGUGAAGCUUGGCUUUGUUCAGUCAACUUUGGACAAGGCCCUCUUCUUUUUCUACGUCGACCACCUCCUGGUCCUGGCAGUUGGUGCGCGCGUGGACGACUUGGUCUGCGUCGGCAAGCCGGGCAUUGGCGACGAGAUCUUGGAGAAGGUUCGCGAGAGCUUUGACUUCGGCGACUGGCAUGACCUCCGCAACGAGGACAAGUUGGUCUAUGGUGGAAAGGAGAUCACCCGGCUGGAUGAUGGUGGACUUGCACUUUCCCAGCGCUCCUUCGUCAAAGCCCU